AUGGGAGCUAGGGCUACAGCCCCAGCAACAGAGGGCUUCCUUGAGGAAGACCCGGCCCUGGUUCGCUGGGCCUACGCCAGGACGCACAAUGUGUACCCGACUUUCCGCCCGACCCCCAAGACGUCCUUCCUAGGAGCUGUUUUUGCGAUAGGCCCCAUCUUCUUCUGGGCUGCGCUCUUCAAAUAUGACAGGGAUCGUAAAGAGAAGCUUAUUCAAGAAGGUAAAUAUGAGAGACCAUUCAGUGUAUUUUAA